AUGUUGUCUCAGAAUAAAACCCUAAAAACCAUGGAAGUGUUGGCUCUUCAGAUCCUUUUGCUUUGCCAGGUUGUGGUUGGGACUGUGGGCAACAUCUUUCUGUUUGUCCAUAAUUUCUCUCCAGUCUUGACUGACUCCCGACUGAGGCCCAUACAGGUCAUUCUAAUCAACUUGGCUGUAGCCAAUGCAUUCAUGCUCCUUCUGUUUGCAUAUUCAUAUGACCUGAUUGAUUUUGUUCCCAGGAAGCCUCCAACUGACCUCAAAUGUAAACUUGCAUACUUCUUUAACAUGGUGGCUCAAGGCACAAUCAUGUGCUCCACCUGUCUCCUCAGUACCUACCAGUUUGUCACUCUUGUUCCUGGUAACUGGGCUAGGGUUAUGUUCAGAGAAAUAUCCCCCAAGGUUGUGAGCUAUUGUUGUUACAGCUGCUGGUUGUUCAGUGUCUUAAAUAAUGCUUACAUGCCAAUGUAUGUCAGUGGUCCACAGAAAACACACAAUGACUCUGAUUCUAAAGACAAUUGGAUAUGCUCCAUCUCUGGGGUCAGUGUAGACAUGAAUUUCUUGCGGUUUUCCCAUGACAUCAUAUUCAUUGGCAUCAUGGCUUGGACCAGUGUCUCCAUGGUGAUUCACCUAAACAGACACCACCACAGAAUGCAUUACCUGCAUAAUCCUAAUCAGAUCAACAGAGGCCAUGCUGAGACCAAAGCAGCCCACACCAUCAUGAUGCUGGUGGUCACAUUUGUGAGCUUAUAUAUUCUAGAUUGUAUUUGUAGUUUAUUUCACAUUUCCUUUGUGGAAUCUCGUCUUUGGUUAAUAGAUGUCAUAGAACUUUUGCAUCUAAGCUUCCCCACUGUUUCUCCCUUCCUGUUGAUUUGUAGGGAUCCUAUGGGUCCUUGUUCUCUGCUUUUCAUUGUGGGUCUGGAAAUCCACGUGACUGUGGGAGCCAUUACAGAGGAACAGUAA